AAAAUCUUUUCAACUCAAGAGCUCAUAAGCCUCUCGCUCUCUCUCACAUUUGAUCGUGUUCUCCUUCGUUACAGGUUGACGAAAAACUCCAAGCAACAUGGGGUGCUUCUUCUCUAAAAAAUCCAAAAGGAAGUCCUCGGAAAAAGAUGAACGUACGCCCACAACAACGACCGUUGAAACUACGACGACGACAAACAGCUCGGUUCCCCUUGGCAACAACAGCGAGGAGCCUCCGAAGCAGUACAGCUGGGACAAGAGAGAAAAGGUUGACCCCAAAGACUACAUGCUGUCGGGGCUCAAAGACGUGACGGUGGGCCGGCAUCCGGGCAAACUGAACGGCCAGCAGUUUGUGAUCCAGGACUGCGUGAACUGCAACAUCUUCGUGUUCGACCACGCGGCCACCAUCACCAUCGACGACUGCGUGAACUGCCGGAUCGUGCUGGGCCCCAUCAAGGGCAGCGUCUUCUUCAGGGACUGCAAUGACAUCAAGUGCGUGGUGGCCUGCCAGCAGUUUCGCACGCGGGACUGUCAAAAGGUGGAGGUGUUCCUGUGCUGCGCCACACAGCCCAUCAUCGAGUCGUCCACGGGGAUGAAGUUCGGCUGCUUCCAGUACUUCUACCCCGAUCUCGCCUUCCACUUCAAGGACGCCGGCCUCAGCAUCUUCAACAACAACUGGAGCAACAUCCACGACUUCACGCCCGUUUGUGGGGAGAACAACUGGAGCCUGCUGCCGGAGUCGUCCAAGGUUCUGGAUUUUGUGCCCGUCCCUGACCCAGAGUCUGAAUUCAAGUCGGUUCGGAUCUCGGGCGACCCUGAACGCAGCAUCGUGCCUCUGACAAAAGGAGGCCGGCGUAAGGACAGCGAUGAGUCCUGCCUCUUCGUGUUCUUCGCCGGGGAAUACACCACCGCUAACGCCCGCAAGCUCAUCGAUGAGAUGACGACUAAAGGCUUCGUGCUGGUCCAGACCAAGGAGGUAUCGAUGAGACCUGAAGACGUGAAGAGGGUUUUCCAGAACAGUGCAGACGAGCUGGUGGACUGGAUCACCAAAGGUCCGGUUAUCGCCCUGGAGCUGAGCGGAGGCGGCGUGGUGGACGCCUGCAGGAGCAUCGCUGACCAGGUGUUCCCCGGCACCAAGGUGAACGCUUUGAAAGAUAAACACAGAAAGGAUGGAGCUCACUUCCUGCUCAAACUCCACAAACAAACUCAACAUGUUUUACACAUGCCCUACGAUUCACUAACACACACUUUACAAAUACAAAACUAAUGCAUUUUGUUUUACCUAUCAAACAAACACAUGACAUGUUUCUGGUACUUUAAGUAUAUUUUGAUGCUGAUACUUUCCAACCUGAGUAACAACUU